UUCCUGUAAACUUCAAGACGUGAGUUUGCACAUGAAUUUUGAUGGUCAAUGAAACAUGAAAUGCGAUUUAAAAUAUAUAUUGAAAGGUGGUAAAGAACUGUACCUUGGAGAUUGGUGACUAAAUAUCAAUUCGCUUAAUGGAACGGAAGUGCGAAAUUGGCAUGAUUGAUAAGAUAGAUGGUAAUGUACGUGAGCUUCCAACAAUUUAUGAAGCGAUAUGAAAAACUAACAAAAUAUUAAUUAAGUAAUUUACAAACAACUUUCGUAUUUAGCACUAAGAAUAAAACUAUAUAACGCAUCUCUAACUAUUUUGAACUGAAGAAAAAUUAUAAAUCACUAGGGAGUUGUUAACAAUUGAAAGUGCGAAAAGUUUUAUUAUCAUUCCGCGAAAAUGAAUUUAUACAUCACGUCUAUUUGCCUCACACUCGUCAUCGGAAGUUGCCAUCAUGUGCGCUCUCUUAACCACGGAAUAAAGCUCCAUGAAGAACAUGGAGACGAAUUAAAGAAAGAAUCUAGCACACAGGCUGUAACCGAUGGAGACCAAGUGUCCACACCUGACGGAUUUGAAAUGAUGAGAGUGCCGCCGCAUGAUUUAGAAUUCAUACAACACCACACAAAUACGACAGUCGUGCAACCAUUGAAUUCUACUACAGCAUCAGUUGCAGUGUUACAUCGCAUGGCGUCGGCUGGUGCAACAGCGACAGCAAAAACAGCUGAAUUAAUACAAAAAAUACAUCAGCCCCAACUGCUGCUCAAGGCACGCAACAGCUCCAGAGCAACAGAUUCCACAAACGACGGCGUUUAUCUCCCAUCAUCAGAAGACCCAAAAUUCGCUUUGCAGAAUCAGACGCAGCAGUUCCAUGUAAUUUCGCAAAAUACUCCCGAAAAGACGGAGGAUUUUCAAAACGAUUUCAACAAAAACGGAGGUUUUAAAAAAAAUUUCGCGUCAAACCUCGAUCAUAAAGUAAAGUAUGAUUCUCAUAGCAAUAAAUUUUCCCAUCAACACGAUCAGUCGCGAAAAGCACCGAUCGCAGGAAAAUAUUUUCCAAAAUCGCAUAAAGAAAUUCAAAAUUUUUUCAUCACUAAAGAAACUGAUUCUAAUUUGUCAGGAGCGCUUCAUCUUAACGAUGCCAAAGGAAGCAAAGUUGAUGAAUUCGAGCAAAACUCGGACAAAAUUCUCCAUCAGCAUUUCGGAAGCGAAGUUGAAAGCGAAGUCAGAGUUGAAAACUCGGACAAAAUUCUUCAUCAGCAUUUCGGAAGCGAAGUUGAAAGCGAAGUCAGAGUUGAAAACUCGGACAAAAUUCUUCAUCCGCAUUUCAACAAAUCAACAGUCGAUGUCGCGCACGAAACGACAAAGACGCUAAAAGAAAACCGGCGCCUUGCCGCCGCCACGCAAGCGUUCGCGCAGACCAAGCGACAUCGAUCCGCAGGACCGGAAAGAGAAUACUUGGCGGUUGGGAGGCUCAACAAACCGGCGGCCGGGAAAAUUUCCCUCUAUGCCUACACGAGCAGAAAUGGCGCUGUCGUCGAAGUCAACGGUCAAGAAGUAUACCGGUCCUGGAACAGAACGAUGCGUUGGAGCGCAGUUAAUCUACGGCGCCAGCACGCCGGCGUUCACGUGAUCGCUCUGAACGCACAAACCGGCGCUGUGAUGCGCACUGCCAACUACACAACCUGGGAACCCGCGAGUGCUGCCGAACUUGUCACGGAAAUAAAAUCUAUCAAAGAUGGACGCAUUCUUGUACUCGUUGGUGCCCCAGAUUUCGUGAAGGAGCUUUCAGAAGCGGCGACAUCGCUGAUCUUACAACUCGGCUCGCAGUUCGUAGGAUCGCUCGUACUCUACGAGCCUUUUAUCCUCGUAGUGAAGACACGAGCAUCAGCAUCACGUAUCCCUCCAUCAGUGAUACUCGAGGCAGUAUGUACCAAGUAUGACCAACCGAGCACUGCACAGAUCGCUCAGGGUUACGAGUGGGAUGGUCCGCCUCUUGUUGUGGACACGGUCAUCACCCUCAGUGUAGAGGAAAGAUGUGGUGCAGGCAGCGCUCUGACAGGCGACCACGCAGAAUUCUGCGAGAAAUAUGAAGGUUUUGGGGACUUUUGUGCCUGUAAUGCCACCAUUGAAGCGCUCGUUCCGCGUGCCCUGCCUCUGAACAGCUCGCUGCCGGUGAUAGCAGUAGCGCUGGUCGGGGCGUUGCGGUUGCCUCAAGUGCUGCAGCAGAUCAGGGUGGUACGCAGGCACCCUGCUGGCCAGCAGGUCCCGAUGGUGAUGUGUCUGGACGGCCCGAGAGACGCGGCCCAGCAUCUGGCGCGGCUACUGAACAUCAGUGUGACGGUGGCUGAUCAAAACACUGUCAAAAGAGGUACUCUGUCUCGUAUCAACGUCAUGAUCCAGUUCUCGGUGACGCAAGUCUUCCGCUUGUUCCAGCACGCUGAGUUCGCCGUCAUCCUUGAAGAUGAUGUCCAGUUGUCGCCAGAUAUAAUGUCAUACUUCCAGCAGACAGCCCCGCUGUUAAGUGACCGCGAUGAGCUAUUGCUCUGCGUGAACGCCUACAACACUCACUCGUACCCGGAGACAGCGCACAACCUCAGCCGCCUUGUCCGGCACGGCGGAACCUUCGCCUACGGCUGGAUGAUCACGCGGGUCGUUGGCAAGGAGCUUGAAGAAAUCGACUUCUGGCCAGCCGAGUAUUUUAUCAGUGACUGGGAUUUCUUCUACCGCGGUAAUGUCAUGGGCCACCGCCACAUCCUGGCGCCCGAAGUGCCCAGGUCGCGACACCAAGGGGCAGGAGGAGUGCACAUCUCGGGCAUUGUGCAGGAGCAAUACUACAACAGAAGAUCAUUCAACGCAGACGUCUCGUACGUGAAGCUCGACGUAGCAAGCGCAUCGCGGCGCCGCUACACGCUCCACCACCUGCGCGAGGUGCGGCGUGCGCUGCAGCUGCAGCUACACCAGCAGCAUCCCUGCACUCCUGGGCUGCUGGACCAGUUCCCGGCGAACGCUUCGCUUGUGGCGUUUUUGGACAUUCCUUCGGAAGAUGAUCCUUACAGAGCCUUCGAAGUGACUAUGAAGUGUCUCGGCGGCAACGAUCACGGAAAUCAGGAGAACCUGGCGAUGAUGUACCUCAUCCACCCGGGGGGCCGCCCCCUCUACCUGGUGGGCUGCCCCAACUCCCCCUUCUGUGUACACAACGAGAACGUGACGAGCGUGUUCAGACCGACAGUCGCCGAGAUCCUAGAAGCUGAGAAGUCCUACUACGCAAGGAAGCCUCUGGUGUCCAAAAUAUCCUACAGGGAGCACACAGACGACCCAUAUAAGGAAUUCAUACUAGACAAUGGCUAUGAACAAAAUUAUAAUGUAUACUUCAAACAUCCGAUGACAAUACCUGAAGAUGUAACAGAACCCACAUGAAUCCGUGAACAUUGUUAAUUGACUUGAUUUAGUUAAAUUUAAGUAAAUGAGAUCAUAUGAAUCACUCUCAGAACAUUUUUAAAUAAUUUAAUAAAUUAUAAAGUGGCGUUCAUGGAAAGAGCUCAUGGUUUAUGUAAUAUGUAUUAUUCUAGAAAAUGAAUUUCAUCAUAAUGAAGAAUUUCUAAAAUGCAGAACGUAAUUUUUAUUUACUAAAUUUAAAUAAUUUUAUUCAUACAUCGAGCUGAAAGCAACAACUAGGGAAAAAUUCAUGUUUCGUUUAGAAAUUAAUCAUAAUUAUUUACAACAUGGAGUUGGAAACUAUACACAAAUUUAAAUAAGCAUUCGUGUACUAAUUUCACAAAUAGGAAUGUCUUUUCAAUACGAAUCGUAAUCGUGUACCACCU